AGGAGCGUUGGUUCUUGGAGUCUUUUGCCUUACAAAGGAAAACUCCAUUAUCAUCAUCGUCUCUUCUACAGAAAAAAUCCUCAAAUCGAGAUCGCAAAAUGGAGAAACCAAACCCUAGACGACCUUCAAACACUGUUCUUCCGUAUCAAACUCCUCGAUUAAGAGAUCACUACCUCCUCGGCAAAAAGCUAGGCCAAGGCCAAUUCGGCACAACCUACCUCUGCACCGAGAAAUCAGCCUCCGCUAAUUACGCCUGCAAACCAAUCCCCAAGCGCAAGCUCGUCUGCCGCGAGGAUUACGAGGAUGUCUGGCGCGAGAUUCAGAUCAUGCAUCAUCUCUCUGAGCACCCCAAUGUUGUUCGGAUAAAAGGUACUUACGAGGAUUCCGUCUUCGUUCACAUCGUUAUGGAGGUUUGUGAAGGAGGUGUGCUUUUUGAUCGGAUUGUGUCGAAGGGUCAUUUCAGCGAGCGCGAGGCCGUGAAGCUUAUCAAGAUGAUCCUUGGUGUUGUUGAGGCUUGUCACUCGCUUGGUGUUAUGCAUAGAGAUCUCAAACCUGAGAAUUUCUUGUUUGAUAGUCCCAAGGAAGAUGCGAAGCUUAAGGCUACGGAUUUUGGUUUGUCUGUCUUCUACAAGCCAGGACAAUAUCUAUACGACGUAGUUGGAAGUCCGUACUAUGUUGCACCGGAGGUUCUAAAGAAAUGUUAUGGACCUGAAAUAGAUGUGUGGAGCGCCGGUGUUAUCCUCUACAUCUUACUAAGCGGCGUUCCUCCUUUCUGGGCAGAAACCGAGUCUGGAAUCUUUAGACAGAUAUUGCAAGGGAAGUUAGACUUUAAAUCCGAUCCGUGGCCUAUUAUAUAUAAAAACAAAAGACCACUUGUUGUGACUUAUACUCGAUCGUGUUACUGUUUUGUUUUCUUGCCGGAUUAGUCAAAAGUGAGGACGAAUGGCAUGAGUCUAGUAUUUCUUGAACCGUUUCUUUUUUUUUUUAAGCUCGAAUUGAUCAUUUCUUGAAUCGUGUAGUUUAACAGAGAGUUAUGUAAAGAUCUGUUCAAGAAUUGGAGAGAGCUUGAUGAUUCACUCUUCUCUGUCCAGAGAGUAUCUGGAGGCAUUACAAAUAUAUUGCUGAAUGUUUCUGUGAAGGAAGACACUAAUAGAGAAGUGUCUGUAACACUGCGACUGUAUGGGCUUAAUACGGAGUAUGUUAUAACUGGUAGAGAGAGCUACAGGCUAUCAAGUGUCUCUCGGCUACCGGAUUUGGUGCCAAGUUGCUUGGUGGAUUCCGAAAUGGCAUGGUGCUAUCAUUCAUAAAUGCACGAACCUCAACC